CUCCCUCCCAAUGGCGGCGGCGAUGGCGCGGCUGACAUGAUCCCUCUCCUCCCUCUACCCGUCUGGGGAAUAUCCGCGCGCUCCCAAAUCCAGCACCACCACCCCCACCUCCUCCCCCUACCGCAAAUCCGCCGACUCCUCCCUCCCUCCCCACCCUCUCUCUCUUUCUGUGUCGCCCUCCUUCAAGCGGUUCCCACCACCUCCGCCGCCGGGAGCUAGAGGCGAGGCGGCCGCGAUUGGGUAGCCCCCGGAUCGCCGGAUAGGAAGGGGCUAUUCGGCGCAGUGAAUAGCAGCAAACUUCUUUGAUUUGGAUCGUGUGAUGAACUUCACCCAAAUCACCCCAACUUGGUAGCAUUUCUCCAGGUCUCCGCACGCAUGGCGCCGGCUGCUGCCCCCGCCGGGGUCUCUGCAAGCAGCGCUGAGGCUGAUGGAGCCCCUCGCAUGGCCAAGUUCCUCUGCAGCUUUGGGGGUAGCAUCCUGCCGCGCCCGCUUGAUGGCCGUCUCCGAUACGUCGGUGGUGAAACCAGGAUUGUUAUGCUGCCACGUGAUGUGACCUAUGCUGACCUAGCGGCGCGGAUGCGAGAGCUAUAUGAGGAUGCUGAUAUCAUCAAGUACCAGCAGCCUGAUGAGGAUCUAGAUGCUCUGGUCUCGGUUGUUAACGAUGAUGAUGUGGUGAACAUGAUGGAGGAGUAUGACAAGCUCAUUGCUGCCGGAGAGGGGUUUACUCGGUUGAGAAUUUUCUUGUUUUCGCAGCACUUAGACGAUGAGGCCGCAUCAGCAGUCGUGCAUUACAAUGGAGAUGAGCGAGAGACAGAGAGGAGGUAUGUUGAUGCACUUAAUAGCCUCGGUGAUGUUAGAACACCUUCCUCUCCUGUAUCCGUGGAGCAACUUUUUGGUAUUGGAGGCAACGAGUCAGGAAUUCCUGAUAUUGCUGGCCUGCGGCAUUUGAAUGUUCCUCGCCCAUCACAUAGCCAAAGGUAUGGGGAGAUGGAUUCUCCUUGGAGCCCUGCCUAUAUCUCUCCAGGGCAGUAUGGAGUGCAUGAUCCUCGAGAUUUUCCCAUUUCACCAAGGUUUCAAGUUGGAGCAGAAGAUUUUGAUGAGAAGAUUCCUGACGACUUUGUGAGGCUUUCGCCAAAAUAUCGACAUUAUGAGGUUCACUCACCACAACAUAUGGAUAAUUUGGUCUGGCUUCCUCCAGGUGCUGUAAUUCAGCAAAACGCAGGCUUCCCAGGUAACUUGGGCCGCCCUGGCAAUUUCUUGGAUGGAAGUAGUAUGUAUGAUCACUGCCGUUCACCAUUCCAUAAGGGUCAAGGUUCAACAUGUGAUCCUCGAUAUGCAGAUCCUCGUUGGAGGCCAAUCCAACAACAUUUUGACCAACCAAGCAUGACGAAUGAGUAUUCUGGUCACCCUACUAAUUCAUGUCCAGAUUGCAGCCGCCCUGGUGACCGAUUUGUUCUAAACCAAGAUGUUAGACUGGAAAAUGGUGUUUACGUCAAAGAGCAGACUGGUAGUCACCAUCCUCCCAUGUUCUAUAACGAAUCACAUUCUCAUGAUAGAGCUUGGCAUGCACAUGCCAACCAAAGCCAUCAGCGAUAUGAUGAUCCAAGGUUGCAUCUGCCUGGUAGUGGUAGAGUGAUGGAGCCAUACAUUGUUGACAGCAACUCAGUUAAUUCUGCCUUCACACCAAACAAAGCAUAUGAUAUUCAUUCAGCAUCUCUCAGUCGAUCUAGCCAUGAAAGUCCCCACUAUUUUCAUGGCAGUAGUGAGCAUGGCACUGAUACAUAUCAUAUCCAACAAGUUGGAGGUGGUGGGCCAUAUGUCCAGGCAUCAGGACUUGAAGAAUCCACAGGUCAGCAUUAUAGUCACUCUUCAGCAUAUGGUGCAGAUACCUUUUACCAAAUGCAGCAGAAUUUGCCACCAAUUCAAUCUUUGAGGAGAAGGGACAAUAGUCCUGUCCAUACAGGCUCACCAUAUGAUUCACCACACCUGCCAGUCCCAAAUGGGGGUAUUACCUCCAACUUUGUCAGAAAUACAGGCGAUGUUAGUCCACGGAUUCCAGGUAUGCCUGCAUAUGAUAGAAUGCCAAAUGUGUGGCCUUCACCCAAUGGAAGCAUACCAUAUCGGGUUGUUGCACAUGAUAUCCCUGCUGUUGUAGAGAACCCUGGUGCUCUUGGUCCUAGAUCAAAUCCAAAUAGUGGCCACUAUGUUCAGCCUUUACUUGCCCCAGAAUCAGUACAAAAUCAACAAGGAGCUCCACUAAUGGAGAUUCAUCCUGAAAGAGCAUGUGCUGGAUCCAUGCUAUCAUCACAUGUUGAUGGCAGAGUAGCUGUUUCUGCAUUACCCCUCACUGAUCAGUUGUCCAGGAUGGAUAUCAAUCCAUUGAAGAAACAAGGUCCAGAGCAUGAAAAGCUUACCCAAAAUGUGAAUGAAACAAAUUCAUUGCAUGUGUUGAAUGAUCCAAGUGAAUUACCCCACCAUGUCGGAGUUGUAUCUGAAGUUGAUCCCAAACAGAGGAAGCCUGUGGAACAUGAAACCGAUACUGCUAUAUUGCCUGAAGGAGGGGCUACAGCACUGCAGGAAUGCGGCGAUAUUUCAGAGGAUAGAUUGAAGUUCCUUCCGGAGCUGGUUGCAUCUGUUAAGAAGGCUGCAUUAGAAGAUUCUGAAGAGAAAGAAAAAGCUCAACAAGGUGCUCGUCCUGCUCUUUUGCCAGCUUGUGAUGAGGAAGGCAAUGGAAAGAAGUUGGAUGAGGCAACUACUGGUAAUACCGAUGCAGAUCAGGAUUCUGAUGUGCAUGGAAGUGGUGAGCAGCAGAAAAGUUCUAAGAUUGAGGCUACAACCGCUGAAGCAGAAGCUUUAUCUAAAGGACUACAGACUAUUAAAAAUGAUGACUUGGAAGAAAUUAGAGAGCUAGGUUCAGGUACUUAUGGUGCAGUUUACCAUGGUAAAUGGAGAGGAUGUGAUGUUGCAAUUAAAAGAAUAAAGGCUAGUUGCUUUGCUGGCAGACCAUCUGAGAGAGAACGCUUGAUUGCUGAUUUCUGGAAAGAAGCUCUGAUUCUAAGUUCACUCCAUCAUCCAAAUGUGGUUUCAUUUUAUGGUGUAGUUCGUGAUGGUCCGGAUGGAAGCUUAGCAACUGUCACUGAGUUUAUGAUCAAUGGAUCUCUCAAACAGUUCUUAAGGAAAAAAGACAGGACAAUUGAUCGCCGUAAAAGAGUUAUAUUAGCCAUGGAUGCUGCAUUUGGCAUGGAAUAUUUGCACGGGAAGAAUAUUGUCCAUUUUGAUCUCAAGUGUGAAAACCUAUUAGUGAACAUGAGGGAUCCACAACGACCAAUCUGCAAAAUUGGUGAUCUUGGACUAUCAAAGGUGAAGCAGCACACUUUGGUAUCUGGCGGUGUUAGAGGAACCUUACCAUGGAUGGCACCGGAGCUUCUGAGUGGGAAAAGCAAUAUGGUUUCAGAGAAGAUUGAUGUAUACUCAUUUGGUAUUGUGAUGUGGGAGCUGCUUACUGGUGAUGAACCAUAUUCUGAUAUGCGCGCUGCUGCUAUUAUUGGGGGCAUCGUGAACAAUUCCCUACGUCCUCAGAUCCCCUCAUGGUGUGAUCCUGAAUGGAAGUCAUUGAUGGAAAGUUGUUGGGCCAGUGAUCCAGCAGAUAGACCAUCCUUCACAGAGAUAUCUCAAAGGUUGAGGAAGAUGGCUGCAGCAAUGAAUGUGAAGUAAAGGUUCACAGGCCAUGCAAAGUUUCCUACGUCCAGUUCCCUUGAUACAGGAGGAAGGCAAACUGUGAACAAGAUUCUAUGGAGUAAAUAUGAUACGGAUGCCCUUACUGAAUAUCAGUUUAUCCUAGUUCAAAUGUUAAUCUCACGAAGUACUUACUGGAGGUGGAAAAAAUUCAUCGUGGAAGUUCCGAAGCAAGCUUAAUGAAUUCCUUAUCCUGGAGUCAUCAGCUGUCGUUUGCCUUCUUCAGGAAACCGUAUAUGCUAUAUAGCCUAUCCUCUGGAGGGGAACUAUAGUAGAAUUGUAAUGUAAAUAAAUUUUGGCUUGCUUCUUCCAGCUGGCACAUGUUAGAUGUGCACAGUAAUAGACACUGUUCAAAGUUGGGCACAGUUAUCUUUUUGCACAAAAUUGUGUCCUGAGGAAAGAGGGGACAAACUCGAACAGAGAUAAUCCUUAUUCAGAUUGUACAUAGCUCACGAAUAAAGGUUCCUAUGUCACCUGCAACAUGGUUUUUCCUGUAUAUAUCAUCAUUGCCACUGUUCCUGGGUCCAUGCAAUUAUUCUUCCGUGCCUAUCAAUACGUGGAUAUUUCUGAAGGAUGUCAAUUGUGGUGGAGCCAUGCUUGAACUGACCUUGUUUCAUCUUUUGACAGCAUAAUUUGCUAUGAAUGUCUCCCUAGAAUAACCUCAUCAUAAUUGGGGGAAAAUUUGAACUAGAAGUGACCUUUGAAGAGUAUGAGUGGAAUGUUUUACUUGGGUUUUCUACUUUUUUUUUCAUCAUAAAUCCGUCCUGUUCAUCUUAUAAUAUAUGGAAUCAAUACUGUGAGGUCAAAAUGGCCUUACAAUCCGAGUUUUCUAUUGUCAUUCUGGG